AUGCCUUCCACUCUGUGGGAGAAGACGAAAGGCACAUCUAAAAAAGGAUUCGAUAAAGCAUGGCAUACCCUCGACAAGCUGGGCGAUCCCGUCAACCGGCUUUCCUAUAAGGUCGGCGCAGAGGCUUUCUGGCCCAUGACCCUCGAUAAAGAAAGCGAUAAAGCGGCGCGCAUUUUGCGAAGUUUCUGCAAAGAUGGUUUUUAUUCCAACGAUGAAGCCGAACGGAAAAGCACCGACAGCUCGAUCAGCAAAGAAUCCGGCAAGAUAGAUCGCCCCAAGGGCAAGCAGCGGGUCUUAAAGAAGAUCCCCGCUAGGGUUAUACAGCGGGCUAAGGGUCUCGCUAUCUUCACUACUAUGCGCACAGGCCUCUGGGUCAGUGGCUCGGGUGGUAGUGGUGUGCUCCUGGCGCGGACCCCAGAUACCAACGAAUGGAGUCCGCCUUCCGGCAUUAUGCUUCAUACGGCUGGUAUCGGUUUUCUGGCGGGCGUGGAUAUCUAUGACUGUGUGGUGGUCAUCAAUACCUACGAGGCCUUGGAGGCUUUCAAAAAAGUGCGGUGCACCUUGGGUGGAGAAGUCAGCGCUGCAGCCGGUCCGGUUGGGAUGGGCGGCGUGCUUGAUUCGGAAGUGCACAAGCGCCAGGCCCCCAUCUGGACUUACAUGAAGAGUCGUGGUCUGUAUGCUGGCGUCGCAGUGGAUGGUACCAUUAUUAUCGAGCGUACCGAUGAGAACGAGCGUUUCUAUGGCGAGCGCAUAUCGGUUACUGACAUUCUCGCGGGCAAGGCCAAACGGCCUCCUGCAUCGAUUCAAACCCUCCUCAACACCGUCAAAGCUGCCGAGGGCAACCCAACGGUGGACGAGAACUUGCUGCCACCCGGCGAAACCCCUGGGGAUGUUGAGCUUGCGCCGGGACCGGGCUCGUUCGGAAUUCCCGACCCGGAGGACCCUGAUCCAUUCGGUGUCAAGGCGCUGGAGGCGGAGGGUCUCUUCAUUCGCGAAGCUGGAUCAAAAUCCAGACCAUCGCAGGAAGCGUUUGAGUUUAAACCCGGCCCGAACAGCCCGAUAUUUGCGACUUUCCGACGGAGCAUCGACAGCUCACCACGCAAUAGCUGGCGAGCAAGUGUGCAGAGCUACGCCAGUAUGGAUCGAGGGACCCAAACUGAUGAUGGUCCUACGACUGCCCCGACCUCUAUCAGUCGUGCCUCCUCCCGGAGCUACCGUGAUGUAUCCGACCGGGCCGAAACCAGUCCUUGGGACAACGAGGAGGGACGCUGGGAGACUGUCAUCCCGGAACAUGAUGAAUACCACGGUCGGGAUGAUGUUGAAGAGGACGUGGAUCUGGAGGAUGACGAUGUGGAAAUUCACGAGGUCAGCAGCGCCACUGUGUCGAAGCGCGAGAGUGCUGCCCAUUCUCCUGUCCCGAUUGAAGAUUCCAUCGCGCCUGUCGAAUUCAAGCGUCACUCGCCUACCUUUACCAGGGCACGCCUUGUGACGAUCCCUAAGCGGAUUCCCCCGGCCCUUCCACCCCGGAACCCCCAGCGGACACCCGCUCCCGUCUCGACCUCGACUCCUAGCUCGCCUACGGCGAACCCCUACGCACACAGCCGCCGGCGUUCCGUGGCAUCUAGUCCGGGACACGCCACAUAUGGGUUCACAGGGAUGCCUCUUUACCACAAGAGCGAUUCGGAAAGUGACCUGUCCUCCGCUGGCGCUCCCGAGUCGUCCAACAAGCCGUCACCAGACCGCGAAGAGUUCCACUCGGUAUCCAGUCUGCACGACUCGGACGUGGCAUCCGAGAAGGAGACCGAGGCCAAGGAGGCCAAGGAGAUCGAGACCGAGGAGAACCACGAGCCAUCAUCUGAUGCGAGCACUCCCACAUAUGUUCACGAGUCUGAUGUCUCGCCCUGGGCGAAGUCUGACACAGACCUGGCACCCACGAAGACCAUCACUUCUGAUGACCACGUCAAAGUUGAUUCUACGGCACAGCCUCAGGCUGUGUGA